AUGGAACAAGAGGAAGAAACAUCAACAAUGUCACCAUUUUGGAUCCCCAAAACCACCACAAACCACCACCGUCUCCGCCGCACAUACUCACUCCUUCAAACAACAACCUCAUUCCUCAUACUUCUCAUCAUAACAACACUUGUCUUAACAUUCAUUGUGGUCCCUACCUUAAAAUCUUUCACUUCUAACAUCUUCAAACCACAAACAAUUAAACACUCUUGGGAUUACUUAAACCUUAUACUCGUUCUUUUCGCUGUUGUUUGUGGCUUUCUUACUAAAAACGACACCAACGAAACUCAAACUCCGCGUUUUGAUAGUUACAAUAAUAAUCAUCGAAGAAGCUUCUCGAAUCCUGAAACUCCACCGUCUUGGUAUGAUGAUUCUAAUCGGUCGUUUAAUCGGUUGAGAACCGUUGGAUCUGUUCCGGAUCUCCGGCAACGGACGGUGGUGGUUGAUGAUGAUGAUCGGUACAGGUUUUAUGAUGAUACGAGUGUUCAUUUUCGUUAUCGGAAUCUGAGAUUUGAAGAUGAACUUCAUCGGGAAACGGUUACUUCCGGUGAAGUUUUCCGGCAACCGUUUUUGGAUUCUCGAAUUGAAGAUGUUAGGAGAAAUGUUGAACGAAUAUAUGAAGUUGAAACGGUUGAUAAAUCGGAAAUUAUUGAUGAUUCUGUUGCUGAGAAUUCACAUUUGCUGUCGCCGUCGUCUCCGCCGCCGCAACCGUUACCGGCGGUGAGGAAGAAGAAAAGUAGGAGUGUGUCGAAAGAAAACACGGCAACGGUUAAUUCUGUGGAGUUUUUGUCACCGGUGCCGGAGCUAAAUCCGCAUCCGCUACCGGAGGUGAUACUGGUGGCGAGGAAGGGAAAAAGUAGGAGUGUGUCUAAAGAAGACGUGGCGACUGUCACUUCUGCGGAAUUUUUCUCGCCGGUGUUGGAAUCGGAGGAAAAUCCGCAACCGGUGAUGAGAACGAAAGGUGUUCGAAGAAAUGUCAAGCGGACGUAUCAAUCUGAAUCGAUUGAGAAUUUGGAACAUAAUGAUUUUGUGGCUGAGAAUUCUCAACUGCCGCAGCCUGCGGUGGUGGUGGCUUCGCCGUUACGGGCGGAGAGGAAGAUCGGUAUUCCGGUUAAGAAGAAAAGAGGGAAUGCAACUAAAGAGUUUUUAGCUUCAUUGAGGGGAAAGAAGAAGAAGCAAAGACAAAAAAGUGUUGAAAAUUUUGAGAGCAUUCAAAAUUCUCAACCUUCACCAAUUGUUUCGCAACCGCCACCACCGCCGCCGCCUCCACCACAGUCAGUUUUUCAAAGCCUGUUCAACUCCAACAAAAGCAAACACAAAAAACACUACCAUGUUCCUGUGGCUACCUAUAAACCUCAAUUACCAAACAAGAGAGAACAUUCUCAUUAUAGAUUGAAAGAAAAUGUGGUGAUUACUGGUAAUGAGUCACCCUUGAUUCCUAUUCCACCCCCGCCACCGCCUCCUCCGUUUAAGUUACCGGCGUGGAAGUUUAGGGUUCAGGGUGAUUAUGUUAGGGUUAAUAGCAUUGGAAGUUCAAGGAGUGAUUCACCGGAUUCAGAUGAAGUUGUUGAGUCACCAAUUAGUCAAUGCAGUAAUAGUCCCUAUGCUGAAGAUGGUGAAGAGCGUCGUGUUACUGAAAAUGCAAAUGCAAGUGCAGCGUCAUUGUUUUGUCCUAGCCCGGAUGUUGAUACCAAAGCUCAGAACUUUAUUCAGAAUUUUAGAGCUGGGUUGAGGAUGGCUAAGAUAAAUUCCAUGAGGGAGAAGCAAGGAAUUAGGAUGUCCAAUCUUGGAAAACCCUUAAGUUAA